CAAAGAGGUAGGGCUGCCUUUCCGUGAUAUGAAUCUUUGGCCUCUCUCUCUCCCAAAAGAAAUCUCUCUUUCCUUUGCGCGCCUCGCAGAUCCAUCCACCAGCAUUUCCUCCAUCAUCGAUCGGCGCCUGCAUUUCGACUCCUCUUCUCGAUCAAUGAUCUCUGGUGGUGAGCAGCAGCUCGCAAUUCCCUCUUCUUGGCGUGGCUAUGGCGGAUUUUCACGAGCGGUGAUUUGAUCGGCCGAAAUAUCGACUCGAACUUCUUCCUUGGAGGGAGCUAUGGCGGCUCCUCCAUCGGCAUCGCCGCUCACAUACCCCUACAGCCUGAAUUUCCAGUCGAGCACCAGCGUCGCGAUCAUCAUCGUCGUCCUCGGCGCCACAUUCUUCUUCAUGUUCUUGUUCGUCAUCUACAUCAAGCGAUGCAACACGGAGCGAUUCGACCAGGGCGAUGGGAUGAUGGCGCUCUCCAAUCCACGGCACGAUGGCGGCGGCGGCGGCGAUGGCUGGAAUCACCACCACCAGCAGCCGCGCAUCCACGGCCUGGACCCCGAGGUUCUCCAGAAAUUCCCAAUCUUACAGUUCUCUCUGGAUCGCAGCGACAGCAAGAACAAGAACAGCGCAAGCGCUACCACCAAGAAGGGCAAGAUCAUCGAUGGCCCGGUGGAAUGCGCGGUGUGCUUGGGGAAUUUCGAGGAGGGCGAGCUCUUGCGGAUCUUGCCCGCUUGCGGCCAUCUCUUCCACCCGGAUUGCAUCGAUGCGUGGCUCCACACGCACUCCACUUGCCCGCUGUGCCGGCGAAGCCUCAGCCGCGAUGCCGUGUCUGGGCAUUUGCUGCAAAGAGCGCUCGCCGCGAUCGCAUCGCUCAGGAGCUCUGCCAAUGCGGCCGCUGCCAACGAGGGGGACUCCUCCCCGGAGAAUUCCACCAUCUCUCCUCCAGUUCUUCCCACCCCUAGCGAGGAUUUGGAUCUGGAAUCCCAGCAAGAGCUCGAGCAGGGACGGAUCCUCCGCGCGCUCUCGCGCAAUUCCGAGUCGUUCAAGGCGGCAGCACAGAGCUUGGAGAUCCAGGAGAGGCUACUCGCGGCGGUGGCGGCGACGAGCUCCUCGUCUGGAAGGUACAAUCUCUCAUCCAGCUCCAAUCCGGGCUCCGCGAGGCUGGAAUUCCUCUCCCCGGGGAGAUUGAGGAGCCUCUCUCACACCGCGGCAAUGUCGCCCAUCGCGUGUGGGCGAAUGCCCCACUCCCAGAGCUUGACCAAUCUCGUCGCCAGUGGGCAAUCGCCCGGAUGCUCGCAGUGCCAGCAGCCGGAUGAGCCGCAAUCGCAGCAAUCGCGCUUCUCCCUGCGGAGAUCCGUGUCAGCGUCCGGCCGGCGGCCAUAAGAGCCCUAAAAAACAGAGGAGUGCUCCUCGGGACUGGUGAUUGAAUGGAUCCCCCCACCAAACCCGAGCGCGACUGGACGGAUCAAAGAUUGGAUUGAUUGCGUGCUGCAGCUGCGAUGCGAUCGAUCCAUCCGAGCAGUAAAAGGUCGGCAUCAAAUGGGAGAACAGGGGAAAAAGGAGAUGCGAGUGCCCUAGAUGACGUUCCUUCUGCCCUAGCGGCGGGGGAAUGGAUAUUCCGCUAGGCGAGAGACAGUUUGUGUUGUCCUAGACCUAGGAAAGGAGAGGAGCUCUGGCGGCGAGUGAUCAACUCGGCAUGGCGGGGGCUCCGCAGCCCAACAUGGCGCUCCUCUCGCAAGCUCUCAAUCAGUGCUCCGUCGAGGUUGCCCACAUUGGGAACCUCCCCAUCAAGAUCCAGCAAACGCAGCAGCAGAUCCAACAGACACAGCAACAGAUUCAGCAGCAGUUGCAACAAGUUCAACAGCAGCUGCAGGUGAUUCAGCAGGCGCAACAGCAGCAACUGCAGCAAGUCCAGGUGAGCGCAUGAAACAGAAAAGAAAAACAAGUUCACCAAAAGGAAGGACAAAAUCGACACGCCACCUGUUUCUUGAAGUUGACAAGCACGUAGUUGAUCACAGUAACACAAGUUUACAAACAGUCACACACACUUGGGAAUUGUGCUGAAAGACUUGAUCGGAAGCUUGCUUGUGGGAAGAAUGAACUUUAAAAGCUGGAAGCUCAAAGCUGGUUGAAUUGAAUCGUGUUCCUCGCUCUGCUUGUGCAGCAAAGCAUCCAGAUCCUGCAGCAAGGCCAGGCGGGGAUGCUGCAAACGCUGCAGCAGUGCAUCCAGGCGCAGGCGCUCGUCCAGCAGGUGUCCGAGGCCCGGGCGCUGGCCCGAGCUGCAAACGCCGCAACCUCGCAGUCGAUCGAGCCGCUGCCCGACGCGCAGAACGUGAUGCCGCAAAACUUCCCCGCCACGAGAUACGAGCUGACGCAGCUCAACGACAAUGGCGUCAACAAUCUGCUCGGCUUCUACGGCCUGCAGCUGCAAGGUAACAUUGAUGCCCGGCGGCAAAGGCUGGCGAGAUUUCUCGGUGUGUCCUUGUGAAAGGUACUCGUUCCAUCAUUUCGGAUAUACAACUUUUAAAGUGCUAGUGACUGAUCC